CCACACUCGUGACAGAGAGUUUGUACGGUCUAGACUCUAGUCUGUAAGUUAGCUUUGAACCGAGUAGAGGGAACAAUCAUUAAGUUCCUCUCUCGCCGGUUUUUUUUUCAUCCGAUGACACUUACGCGACUUUUCAAAUUUCCCUCGUCUUCCAUUAAGAAAAAAAAACAAAUACACAAUUCGCGCUUUCAAAUUCAAAAUUACAUAAUUUCUAACGCUUAUUAAAAAUAGCGCGAAAUUUAAAAAUAUUUAGUGAUUCAAGUGUGACAAUUUGUGAAUGUGGAAUGUGAAAAAAAAAAUGUUUAACUAAAGUAUUUAAAUCGCGUCUCGAGGGGUAAAAAAAAAGUCAUGAGACAUAAUGUUACAACCAUCUGAUGUAGACAAAAGGGAAUGAACGCGUGAUUAAUUUAGUUGAGUACGCGUGAGUGAUAUGCAAAUCUCUUUGCAAAACGUUACACUCGAAUGAAGUACAAUGAACAAUCGCAAAAAAUGGAUCAUCGUGAUCCUUGUUCUGAUGAAUCUAUUGGAUUUAAUAAAUGCCAAUACAAGCGAUUCUCCAGAAAUAGAAGCAUCAGAGGAAGUCGAAACAUUCACGACAAAAAAAAAUGUACCGGACAAAUGUUUAUUGAAAACAGAAACCGGACCAUGCAAACAUUUUAUUCACAAAUGGACUUUCGACGAGACAGAAGGAAAAUGCAAAACAUUUCCCUACGGUGGAUGUUUGGGCAACGAAAAUCGAUUUCAUUCGGAAACCGAGUGUCUUCAUCAUUGUAUAGGUGGUGCAGAUCAUACACUACCACCAUACAUGAUAACAAAAGGUAGUGUUUUUGUAACAACAAGUUCAACAACAACAAGUACUCCAUCAACAACAACGACAAAUAGGCCAAUUCCCACAUUUACACCAUCAAAACCAUCAAAACCACCUGUACCAAAACAUAAAAGAGGAAAGGAAUUAACAUUUAUGGAGUCUGGCUAUGAGAAAACAUUUAUGUUUGCUCAAAGUAAUACUUUCAUUCAACUAGACGGAAGUGGAAUCAAAACAUUCCAACUGAGAUUAUGCAGAGAAAUAUCAUUCAAAUUUAGAACAAGAUUACCUCAUGGAUUAUUAGUUUAUCAUAGUGUUAAAGAUAGACCCGAAAAUCUUGAUCCCUAUGCACUUUAUGUUAUCGUUGAAAAAGGACAAUUAAAAGUAGUUCAUGUUUUUGGAAAAAUAACGACAAGUUUAACAAUUGGAGAAGGAUUAAAUCGAGAUGAAUGGCACAGUGUUUUGGUACAAAUUGAUGUUCAUGGGGCAAAAUUAAUUGCCCGAGUCAAUGAUAAACGUGAGGAGACAAGCUUGGAAGUUUUAGAACGUAUCGUUAAUUAUGGUGUAUCAGAUGAAUUAGCAUCUGUAGUUUUGAUUGGAGGCCUAAGUUCGGAGGAACGUUUACAUGGUGUUAAAUAUAUAAUCGAAUCAUUUGUCGGUUGCAUUAGAGAUAUGGUAUUAAGUUCGGGUAAAUCAACAAGAGAUUUAAUUCCAAUUCGACCGCUUAUUGCAACAAAACAUGAAAAUGUACAAGAAGGAUGUAUAAACAAAUGUUACACUCCAGAAAAUCUUUGCUUUAAAGAAAAUCAAUGUGUCAAUCACUAUUUUACCUAUACUUGUGAUUGUUUUGGAACAAAAUACGAAGGAGAACGCUGUGAUGUUUACACUGCCACUGUUCUUACAUUAAGAGGCUCAUCCUACGUUUCAUUUCGAGUCUACGAUUGGAAGGAUCGUGUUCACUCUUCAGUAAAUCGAAUUAGUCUUGCAUUCAAAACUAAUUGGGAUGAUUCUGCUCUAUUUUACGCGUCUGGAGAAAUUGACGACACUGCCCAUUAUGUUGCAGCAUCUAUAAUAAAUUCAUCUGUUUACGUUGAAUUAGAUUUUGGUCAUGAUUCAAAAAUUAGUGCCGUUCUCGGUGAACGUGUGACAAUGAACUAUUGGAAUAAUUUAACAAUUUAUCAUAAUAUCUCAUCAGUUUACAUUAUUCUCAACGAUGAGGUAAAACUUUUCAACGUACCUGGUGAAAAUUAUAAUCUUAUUAUUGAUCCGGAAAUUUAUAUUGGAGGAGGUCCUGAAUUACAAAAGAAAAAGGGUUUAAUGUCCUACAAUAAUUUUGCAGGAUCUUUGAAAUACGUGUUCUUCAAUGAUAAAUCUAUUAUUUAUGAACUGAAACGAUCAAAUCCGAUGGUUCACUAUAUUGGAGUAUUAGAGCCAGAAUUUUAUGAGGCUGAUGUUGAUGUUAUACCAAUUACAUAUCCUUUUGUUGGAAGUCACAUUUGGUGGCCGCUUGAAAGUACUGAUACACUUCAGGUUAAUUUUGAUUUUAAAAGUUCAAAACCAAUUGCUGUUGUUGCUUCAGGCGAUGUUAAAAGUGAAAAUGGUCUUGGAUAUUGGGAGUUGCGUCUUGUAAAUGACGAGAUGCGAUUUAAUCUAAAACCAGUUGCCAUUGAAAAUGUGACAAUUUCAACUGCGGUAAAAUUUCCACCAUACAAUACAUCAUGGCAUGCUAUUGAAUUAAAUUACACUAAAGGCGAAUUAAAUAUUCUAGUCGACUAUAGAAAUAAACAAAGCAAUCUUUUUCCUAUGACAUUUGAAUUAGGCGACAAGGUCAUUAUCGGCAGUGGUAAUGGCAAUGCUGGUCUAGUGGGUUGCAUGAGAGAAAUCAAAGUUAAUGGACAAAGAAUAGAGCCAAGAUACGUUAUUAAUACGGAAAGAGUUGUUGGUGAAGUUGCCUUGGAUAAUUGUCAAUUCGUCGACCCUUGUACAAGACCAAACACUUGUGAACACGGUGGUAAAUGUUCUGUUAAAGAAGAUAGAAUAACUUGUGAUUGUACCGAUACUGGAUAUGUUGGCAAAAAUUGUCAUUUUGCAUUAUACAGAAAAACGUGUGAAGAAUUGGCUUUAUUGGGAAUCUCAGUGGACAAUGUCUAUCGAAUUGAUAUUGAUGGUAAUGGAAAAUUUCCCCCGGCAUGGGUUAAAUGUGAAUUUCAAUCAAUUGAAGAUGCAACAAAAACAAUUGUUGAACACAAUUUACCAUCACAAGUUGAUGUUAGAUCAAUUGCUGAAAAUGAUUUUAGUUUCAGUAUUAAGUAUAGAGAAUUUUCGGCAGAAAUGUUACAGGAAUUAAUUUCUCAUUCAUUAUAUUGUAGUCAGUACGUUAAGUAUGAUUGUUAUAAAGCACCAUUGGAAUUGCAUAGUGCUACUUGGUUUUAUGGUUCGAAAGGAACGACAAUUGAUUAUGUUGGAAAUGUUACUAGAGGUUCCUGUCCUUGUGGAAUGAACAAAACAUGUGUGGAUCCAAAUCUCAGUUGUAAUUGUGAUGUUUCUGCGGGUAAAUGGCUUUCCGAUGAAGGUUAUUAUGAAAGUCCUGAAUCUCUUGGAAUUACAAAAAUGGUUUUUCUACAACAACGUGAUUUGGAAGAAGACGCACAGGGAAGAAUUACUUUAGGACCAUUGGAGUGUGUUGAAACAAAUACUCAAAAGUAUGUGGUUACAUUUACAACCUCACAAUCGUACAUUGAGGUACCAGGCUGGAGAAAAGGAGAUAUUGCAUUUAGUUUUCGAACAACAGGAGAGAAUGCAAUACUUCUAUAUCAGCCUCCAAUUAGAAGCAAUUAUCCAUCAUUUAUGGUGGCUUUAACCUCCGACUAUAGACUAACAUUUAAUUUUACCUUAAAUACCGGAGCAGUACGUAUUCUCGAUGUAAAAAGUGGAAGAAAACUUAACAAUGGUGAAUGGCAAAAAAUAUGGAUUGAUUAUAAUGAUCAUCAUGUGAGAUUUAUGAUUAAUACUGAUCAAGAAAUGGUGGAUUUACUACCGGAAGAAGAAUUUGGACCCUUUGAAGGAUCCAUGUUCAUUGGUGGAGCAACUGCAGAGCAACUGAAAACUUCUUCCGUUCGACAAGGACUUAUCGGUUGCUUCCGUGGAUUAGUGGUAAACGGAGAGAUUUUAGAUAUUCAUAGUUAUAUGUCUGUUCAUUUAUCCGAAAUUAUAAAAGACUGUAAACCGUCCUGUGAACCUAAUAAGUGUAAAAAUAAUGCUAAUUGCGUUGAACUUUGGAGUAAUUUUGAAUGUGUUUGUGAAAAUAAAUGGGCACACUUAGGAACGUAUUGUGAAACAAAUAUAAACAAUAAGGCUCUUACAUUUACAUCACCAGCAGCGUUUUUGAAAAAAAAUUAUUUCGGAACAGAUGAGGAUGAUGAAAAAAUGUUACUCAAAAGCAUGUUACAAGAAAAUAUUCUCAUUAAUCUUAGAACGUACGAUAAGAAUUCAUUAAUUCUUUACGCCAAUGAUAAUUUAAAUAAUUUCAUGCAUUUGUAUAUAUCGAAUGGUACACACAUUGUUUAUUUAUUUAAUGCUGGAAAUGAAAUAAAAAAUAUUACUGUCGAAUGUCCAGAUGUCAACACUGGAAUAUCUGUACAGAUUGCAAUUGUACACAGUGAAAAAUCAACAACACUGCAUGUAAAUGAAUACAAUGUUACAUUAGAUGAAGUGCCUUUAUUGUUGGAAAAAUAUUCCAAUAAACCAUGGGUUAAUUCAGAAAAAGAAGUUUUAGCUCCACAAAGACCACCGGCACCACCUAUGGAUUAUUUCCAGAUAAAUUUAGGUGGUUUUGAUCCUGAUAAUUUGCUACGGAUGGGUACUGAGGGACAAUUAAUUGAAGGAUACGUUGGUUGUCUUAGAGGUUUAAUGAUUGGUAAAUAUCAGGUUGAUCUACCAGGAUUGGCAAGCGAAGCAAAUCACGAAGGUAGCAAGGGAGUUCUUCCCAAUUGUAAUAUGAAAUGUGAUUACACUCCUUGUAAAAAUAUGGGAAUCUGUACAGAAGAUUUUGGUAAUCAAGAAUCAUCUUGUAAUUGUGAGCUAACUUCCUACUUUGGAGAGCACUGCGCUGAAGAAAAGGGCGCAGAUUUUAGUGGAGAAAGUGUACUUCAAAGGGAAUUUGAUCUUCAGGGUGAAGUUAAUGAAGUUAAAGUUCAAUUAGCUUUCUCCACAACUGACAAUAAUCGACAAAGAACACAAGCUUUACUACUGCUUCAAACUGAGAAUAAAAGAAGCUAUUAUCUCAUAGUGGCUUUAACUUCAGAGGGUCAUUUGAAUUUCGAAGAAGAUAGAGAAGGGCAAACCUAUGGUGUUCGACUUGAUAAGAAUUUUUUGAAUGGGGCAAGACACAGUGUUUAUUACACUCGAGUUAAUAAUAGUGCAACAUUACUGAUUGACAGAGAACAUGUUCAUCUGCAACCACUUCCUGUACUCAGUUCAGGAGACGAUGAUGAUAAUAAAGAAAAUGAUGAUAGUCCAGGUGUUACGGAAAUUCAAAUAGGAGGUUUAAAUACUUCUGAUCCAAGAUUUAGUCCCUACAAAAGUUACACCGGUUGUCUUAGUAAUGUUGUUGUCUCAAUUAAUGGUGGAGCAAUAAUGAAACCUCUUGAGGAAUAUAUGCUUUUCACAAAAAAAGGAAGUGAAACGGUAAGAGUUUCCAUGCCAGCGGGUGUUAGAAGUGCUCAAUGUUCGGCAUUUAAUGUCCAACCUCGUGGUUUAGAGCAUCCGACAAAUGACAGUGUUACUAAAGACAAAGCAUGGGUUGAGGAUCCACCGGAGAGAAUCAAAUAUGUUGCUCAAUAUUUGGAUGCAACAAAAGAAGAACAAGGAGCAGGGACUUAUAUUUUUAUUGCAUUGUGUUGUGUUUUUGUAGUUGCAGUUUUAGGUUGUACAUAUGAAGUUUUAAGAAGUGCGCGAGAAGACAAGAAACGUAAAAGAGCACGUUCGGGUUCAACAGCAUCGCAAAGGUGGCAACCACCUUACAAUGAUUCAGUAAUAGGAACAACUGGAGUCAAAAGUGUUGGUUUUAAAUCUGUUAAUGACGAUGACAAAAGACCAAAUGGCAUUCAUGCUAAACAAAUUUCUAAGGACUACAAACCAUUGCUGAGCACUGAUUUAAAAGCAGAAAUAAAUGAUAAAAAAGUUCAUAUAAAAGCAGAAGAGGAUCUAGAGAAGAAGGAUUACCUCGGGGUAAAUACAGGCAUCGCCUCUAAGUCUCCAAAACCCAAUCCAUUUUCAAUGGAAGAUUUAAGAGAAGAACCAGAACUCGAGGAACGAGAACAAGAGGAGACAGAAAAAGUUGAGGAAGAAGAAGAAGAAGAAGAAGAAGAAGAGCUUGAUGACAAAAGUGGGCAGAAUAAUUCAGAAUCACAAAUGUUAAUGAAACCAUCAACACCGGUAAGAAGUGCUCUGGGUAGGGAAGGGAAUAAAAAAAUUGACGCUAAUUGGAUGCUAAAUUCCACAUUUAAAAAACCACUUUUGGAAACUAAUUUUUCCAUAACUGGUAUUAAUGAAAUUAAAACACAACAAAUACCAAUGACAAAUUGUAGGAAUACACAAAAUAAUAAUUUCCCAUUAAGACCACAGAGUCUUUAUUUACAAAAUUCAACGACAGAUAUUAAAACACGUCCUGAUAGUAUACAUGUUGAUAAAGUCGACAUAAAAUUGCUUGAUAUCUCUAAUUUUCAAUGAAAGACUUAAAAAUUAUUUUUAACAAGUCCUAACUUUUAAGGCUAAUCAUAACUAAUCUCGAAUAUCAUUAUAUAUUUAAAAAAAAGUUUCAUUUUCAUUAAAGAUUAAUUACACUGAGAAAAAUAUGCUAUUUAAUCACUACUAUUUCUGUCAAAAGUAUAAAAAUUAUUGAUUCAAAAGCAUAUGUGGUAUAGAAUUUAUAAAAUAUUUUACAAAUUUUAUAGCAUAUGCUUUUGAAUCAAUAAUUUUUAUACCUUCCCGUGUAUAAAUUGACCUAGUAGGGAAUGAAACACCUGAUCAGGGCCAAAUCAGGGCGACACAGAAAAUUAAAAGGCAUUAAAAUAAGCUGCAACGCUUAUUAUUUUAAUCUAAUUUUGCUUAUUUUAAUCCAUUUUGGUAUUAAAAUAAGCAAAAUUGGAUUAAAAUAAUAAGCGUUGCAGCUUAUUUUAAUGCCUUUUAAUUUUCUGGUCGACCAGAAAAUGUGGAUUUCCUAAUCAGGGCCACAUCAGGCAGGGCGUUUCAUUCACUAAUAGGGCAGUCUAAUCCGGUCCCAAUCUGGUCCCUGGCAAAAUUUCAACACGCGUUUGGCAAAAAUGCUGUUGAUUCAUUAACAUAUUUUUCUCAGUGUAUAAUUUUUAGAAUAUUAAUAAAAUUUCUCAUAUAUUUUAAAUUAUUUAGAAAUAUUGAUAGUUAAAUUGUGCAAAAAAAAUUGCAGUUUUUUUUUCUUAAUUUAGCAAAUUUAUUUCUUUGGCCAUUAUUAUAAAUUAAUGAUACAAACUUUAAAGCGCACAAUUGCAUUUUCUAAGUAUUAAAUGCCAUAAUAGAGCAAAGAACAAAUAAGGCUGUUAGGUAUAUAUAUAUGUAACAAUUUUAACCAAAGAGAUCAAUAUUGCUGAACAUGAAUAAUAAUAAUUUAAGUUUAAAUAAUAACUGACAUUUUUGCAAUCAUUUAUUUAUUGAUUUAUUACUGAUGUAAUGUAAUUAUUUUUAAAAUAGUAAAGUAAAUUUACUUCUGCAAAAAACUUAAAUCAUCAGUAAAUGGUCAAUAAAUUAUCAUAAUAAUAAUUUUUUUUUACAAUUUGAAAAGUUGAGUAAGUCAAUUCAGUGUAUAUAGUGCGAAUUUUGUGUGUCCUCAUAAUAAACCAAAUUUCACACAAUA